AUUGUGCUUAAAAGUAGCUGUCACUUUGACAGUAGUCAGUACCAUAACCUAAUUUUUUUCGAGUCAAAUAACAAUAAGAUCCCUUUACAUUCAUUGCUGAUAUACUAAAUAAGUUUAAAAUGGAUUACGAAUUACCGACAAAUUUUGAUUUAAUCGUUGUAGGAACAGGUGUUGUAGAAUCGAUGGUGUCAGCAGCCGCAAGUCGAAUAGGAAAAACAGUACUUCAAAUCGACAGUAAAGAUUAUUAUGGGGGCGAUUGGGCCUCUUUUAAUUUAGAAACAAUCCAAAAACUUAUUUCAAUGGAAUCAAACGAAGCUCAAAUCGAUGUAAAUGGUGUUUCCAUUGAAGAUGAUGAAGUUGUGGUUGGUGUUGGGAAUGAUAUAUUUAACUUAAAAGACGUUGAACAGACUUGGAAUAUUAUUGAGAAAUUUCCUGAAAAAAACGUUGAAGAAGAUUUAAAUGUAGUUGAAGAGGUAAAAGAAGUUGGAGAUAAUAAAAAUGACGAUGUGAUAAAUGAAGGGUGGAGCCAAGAAAAGUUAUUAAAAGAAAAUAGGAAAUUUAACAUCGAUAUAUCCCCAAAAGUUCAAUUCGCCCGUGGGGAUUUUGUCGAAUUAUUAAUUUCCUCAAACAUCGCGCGUUACUCAGAAUAUCGUAGUGUAAGCAGGGUUUUAACAUAUUUAAAUAACCAAUUAGAAAUCGUUCCAUGUUCUCGAUCAGACGUUUUUUCAAACACCAAAGUUUCAGUGAUUGAGAAGCGAAUGUUAAUGAAAUUAUUAACAGCUUGUUUAGAUGGGGAUGAAAACGAAUUUAGGGGAUACGAAAAUAAGACUUUUUUCACUUAUUUAAAAGAUAAAAAAUUAACAGAAAAUGUUAUCCAUUAUGUGCUUUAUGCAAUCGCUAUGUGUACAAUUGAAACAUUAUGUCCUGUCGCUGUUCAAAGCGUUAAAAGAUUCGUGACAAGUUUGGGGAGGUUUGGAAAAACACCUUUUUUGUAUUCAAUGUAUGGAAGUGGAGAGUUGAGUCAAGCUUUUUGUAGAUUAAGUGCCGUUUUUGGUGGGGUUUAUGCUUUAAAUCAAAAAUUAAACGGGUUUAUUUUUGAUAAAGGGAAUGAUUUUAAGGGUAUUAUUUGUGGUAAACAACGAAUUAAUGGGAGUAAUUUGGUUAUGGGGGUUGAUAAAGCGCCCAAAAGUUUCGUUGGGGAUGUUUCUGAGAAAAGGAUUUCAAGAGGAAUUUUUGUUAUUGACCGAUCGAUUAUGAGUAGUGAGAAGGAACAUUUAACUUUAUUAUUAUUUCCAAAUCAAGAUGGCAAAAGAAAUUGUAACGUUAUCGAAAUGGGAUCAUUAACAGGAACUUGUCCCAAGGAUAUUUUACUUCUUCAUAUGUUUAUCGAACAAAAUGCUUCCCCGAAAGAAGACUUAAAUUUUGUAGUGGAAAAACUAUUUAAGCCAAAAGAUGAUGACUCAAACGAGUGCCCUCCAAAUAUUUUAUGGUCCUUUUAUUAUUCAACUUCGAAUACGAAUGACUCAGAUUUAACCAAAAAUUUAGGAAAGAACGUGUUUUUAUGCCCGGGGCCUGAUAUGGACUUGGACAUUGAUGGUUCCAUUAAAAAAGCCAAAAAAAUUUUUAACGCUUUGUACACAGACUGCGAAUUUUUACCCAGGGCCCCCGAUCCAGAAGAAUUAAUCAUUGGUGAAGAAGAAGAAGAUGAAAAACAGGAUAAAGAAGGAAAUGAGAAAGAUGAAAUUAAUAAUGACAAUGUUAAAAAUGUAGAUGAGGUGAAUAAUGAAACAACUUAAAUCGAAAUGUUACAAGUCUAUUUAUAUUUAUUAGUAGUUAAGUAAAACGUCAUUAAUUUAUCGCUUAUAAACAUAGUAAAUAAACUAACUAUACAAUAAUUAAAUGUAAUUCACUUAUUUUUAAAUAUAUUUUAAUCCGGAUUAAAACUGA